GGGAAAAUAAGGAAAACAGCAAAACAGCGCAGCACGUACUAUAUACGAAUAUAUACUUUCGGCACGGAUAGCAGCACCAAAUCAGCAGCAGAAGUAGUGACCGUUCCCGAUCGUAAAGAAAGAAGAAUCCACUUUUAAAGCUGACUACUUGCCGAUGGCUCUAGCAGGAAUUGGUCAUACCGCAAAUCAUCUCGCCAGCAGCAGCUAAGGAAUACGGUGCGCGCGUGUACUGCGAUCGAACAUUCCGUACGGUGAAAAGAGAGAUUGCUGUAGGAAUCAGGUGUACCACGGAACGGAAGUGUGUCCCCUCUUCCGUGUGGGGAGUCCAAGGCAUUGGAGUUAUUCCAUCCGAACCGAACAGUCCGUAAAAAAGAGCUAGGAUAACCAUCAUAUUCCAGAUAGGAGGUACCGUUUGGCAAACGUGAACGGAAACGGAAGUGCAAACGGGUACGAAGAUAGUGAGCGACAAAGGAAGUGCACCAAAAACUCACCCAGCCCCUUCCCACUGUGUGGGGGUAACUGUGCCAAUGUAUGUACAAUCAGUGUGCGUGCAUGUAUGUGUUCGAAUUGGGGUGGUUGGUUGAUUGUUUGCUAAAUUGUUGCGCCUCAUCCCAUCCCAUGUUUGACCGUGUUUUGGGGUCGCUGCUGGGUUGGAUGAAGUGGCAAGGGUAAGGAAGAAAUCAUCGACAUCAUCUCUUGCGUGCCAUCAGUGCAUUAUUGUGCGUGUUGAGUGUUAAGUUAGUGUGUGUAUGCGUACGAGUGUUUGCGUGGGCUGCCUGCCAAAGGUCAGACUGGGUGAAACACAACAUCCCGAUCACCCAAACCUUGCCGAACCAAUUUUGAUGUGAAGCACUGUGUACAGUGCAGUACAGCAACAUCAACAACAUCAGCACCAACAACCCAUCGAAUUCAUCCGGGACAUCCUUUCGGGACUUCCAGUGACACGACGAGCUCCUCUCGGCCCGGCAACGAUGGAUGAAUUGAGCGAAGCGGAACUGCGAUACUACAAUGAUCUGUUCAAAAUCUGCAGCGAAACGGACGGGGCGGGCAAAAUUCCGGCCCUUAAAGCCACCUCCCUAUUCCGUUCGGCCAACCUGUCCAACGAGACCAUCAACAAGAUUACGGCAUUGGCUGGAAUUCCUCAAACGGCGCUGCAUCUCUCGAGGCAACAGUUUUACGGCUGUCUCAAGCUGAUCGCCGCGUUUCAGGCAGCUGUGCCACUGAGGGAAGAAAUUCUUACCACCUCGGUCAAUUUACCACUGCCCCAGUUCAGUUGGAUUGACCCGGUAACGGGAUCAUCCGGUGCGACGGAUUCUUCCACCAUCAUCUCCAGCGUAUCGUCAUCAGCUACCGCAAGCAGCGGUGUCGGUAAUCAGACGGGAAGCUUGGAACGAAAUGGCUACACCGAGGUGAACAAUCGCUCCACGAUAAAGGGGGCCGGUGGAGUAGGUGGUAGUGGUGGUGGUGGUGGUGGUGGUGGUGCAGGAAGCAGUACGACACAGGACAGCAGUGCAUCGACCGGUGGGGAAAUGACAAAUUCCGAUCAGCCGAGCACCGAUUCCGAAGUCGAACAUACCGAUGAUCCGGUCAAUAUGAUUCGGGGUGAACGUGAGCGGCACACGGUUGGUAUGCUAAAGGGAGGUGGAAUUGUGAUGAUCGGCAGCAACCAUCCCCUUGUCGGUGGAGGAAGUAGUGGUGGCCACGGUGGUGGACACGGUGGAGGUGGUGGAUCACCGGAAGCGUGGAGUACGGCAAGCGAUAGUCCAACGCCGACCAACAGUGUGGCGGAACGUCCGUGGGCCAAUCAGAACCUGUGGCAGGGGUUGGUGUGUGAGGAGCAGCGACAACUUCUCGGCACGGAGGAGGAAUCGUCCGAUCGGCACAGCAGCGAUGAAGACGAACAGGAGAUUGAUCUCGAGUAUUUCUAUCAGAUUUCGCAAACGCAGAAAGAGUACUAUUUGAAACAAUUCCGCACCAUCCAGCCGGAUGUGCACGGACUAGUGACGGGACCGGUGGCAAGAGUAUUUUUCGAAAAAUCACGUAUACCGAUCGAUGAAUUGCGCCACAUCUGGCAGAUGUGCGAUGUGACACGUGAUGGAGCACUAAAUUUGGCUGAAUUUACCGCCGCCAUGCAUCUAGUGGUGCUGCGUCGCAACAACAUACCCGUACCGGCCACCUUACCCCCUUGUUUAUUGCCCUCCCUUUUGCAACAUUCGCUGCUGCAACCGAGCGGUGGUUCGGGUGGAACGUCCGGAACCGCAGGAGUUUCGGCUAGCGGUGUUUCAGGGGAGCUAUCAUCAGUGGUAGGCGGUGGUAGCGGUUCCACCACCAUUGCGCCAGUACCGAACGAGCGAACUGAACCGGCCGAAGCUGAUCUACUACAUCUCGAAAGCGAUGAUAACGUAGAGAGCAGCGGCCGGAAGCGGUUUGAUGCUCACAAAGACUACCAGCGUAUGGUGCCGGUACCGGAUUCGUUGGCGUUCGCACGGGUCGCGUCGACAGGGAGCAAUGUUAAUGCAGGUGUUGCACACGACACCAGUCCCACAUCGGUUUCAUCAGCGACCGGUGUUGGUAGUAGCAGUGGUACGACCGGUUCCGCAUCCGUAGCAAAUGCUACGAAGGGCAGUAGCAGCGGUAGCAACAGCAGCAGUACGGCUGUCUCCACGACUGGCGGUCGAAAAACGCCACCAAAUGUUUCUCCUCCGGUUUUAGCGCAGCAUCAACAGCAACACGUAACCGCAUCGGUACAGAAGGUGAAACAACCUUCCGAUCAUCCGGUAACGCCGCCAAAUUCUAAAACAAACAAUAAUAAGGAGUGGAACUCAACUACGAAAGAAUGGACCAAAUUCAUGGAAUCUCCCACAUCCAACGUCUCUAGUCCGGGUCCAAAGCCGGUAAACUUUGAUCUGCAGCGCACGACGCAGGCAAUUGUAUCCAAUCCACACAUUGUUCAUCCGGUUCCGUUGCGUGUCACGCCCGUUGGUGCUGAGACAGUCGAUAAUGGAAGUCUAGUCUACGGUAGUGAUCUCCCUGUCAGCACCGGUGGUCUAAUGGUUGUUCAAACGAGGGACGAUUCCAGCCCCAAGCAGCAGCAACAACAACAACAACAGGCGCAAUCCCAUCAUCACAGCACGCCCCGAGACUCGCUUACGAAUAGUGGCGAUUUACGUGCCAUCCAAAGACCGCAACCGAAGAAACCACCUUCCAAAGGUGUCGGUGCGAUACCGCCACCACCGCAGCGUGAAUCCGGCGCCCAUCCAAGCAGCUCGCAUACGGGCAACAAUGACUCGAUGACUAUAUCGUUGGAUGCUUCCGGUUUUGCUGCUAGCAGUACGGGCACGGCCACUAGCACCAGCACAACCACCACCGAUCGUUUACCGUCGCUGGCAAAGAAACAGUCAGUGGACCAGCAACAGCCCCCGCCUCCAUUGCCCCCGCCACGACCCUCCGCUCAUCGGCAUACGCGCAGCAGUAGUUUGGAUCUGAACAAGCUAAAGCUCACGACGAACAACGCGGCAAAUGUCGCCCCGAUUGGAGAUCCUCUGAAGAUGCCUCCACCACCGGAAGUUCCUCCGAGGGUAACACCGACGGGUGAAGCACCCAGUAACCAAAGUCAGCGGCAGGCCCAUGGAUUUGCGGAUUUUACACAUUUUCCCAGCGGUGCCAGCGGUGCAACGACCGGCCAUCGUAUUGGGUCCAUGGGUGACCCGAAUAACAUCACAACGAUUCAUCUGGAUGCGGCCGGUAACAUGACACAUCAUUCCACACCGCGCGGUUCCGGCACGCUGCCAAAAUCGCUAGUCAUGCAUCAGCCGCGCAACAGCGCCUUCGAGGUGUACCGGAAACCACACACCGAGGGACGGCUGAUGGCACGUGGAUCGCAGUCACCGCCACAGCAGCAGCAACAACCUCCGCUCGUUACGUCACGUAGCGUAGAAUCGUCCGGUGUUGUGUCCGGUGAUUACGAAAAACGCAUAUCGGCACUGAGCGACAGUUUACGGCAGGUUCGCUUCAAAGCGAACGAUCCUCCUCCGGUCAUGCCGGAUGUACUGAAGCAGCUGAAGGAGCAGAAUCUGUUGCUGCUACGGAUAUGCAACGAUCUGAGCGAGGAGCUGUUGCACAUUCAACAAAAGCGGGAAGAUAUUCGUAUCAAAAUCGAGCUGCAGGAACAAAUCCUAGGCGGUGGCAAUUCCGGUUCGGUCGUAUUGUCCACCGGGCCGUCCUCGUUACCGGCCGUUUCUUCGUCGUCCUCCGCUUGCCACACCCAUCACCAUUCGCACCAUCAUGCGAAUCUAUGAACGAUGGAUCGGUUUUCUUAAUUGAUCGAUUUGGUUUUAGAUGCUUGUUUCCAGUGUGGUGCUGUUAGAUAGUUUUUUGCUCUGAUUCAUACGAAAGCCAUAUAAUGACGUCCUCAUAUGCGUGGGUACGUGAUAGCUAGCUAUUAGGUCAUCAAAGUCUUAAAUCUCAGUACAGUUAAAUCGUGUCACACACCACUCUUUUUCUCGAAGUUAUGGUCAAUAAUGUCCUAUACAGUUUUAUGCUGGUGUUAGUUGUAGAUACUGUCUGUUUUGUUAGUUGCUCAUUAAAUUUAUCCAGCUCUCGUGUUGUAGCACUGAUACUCAUCCUUGUGCGUCCACCAAUAGGUCCACUGUUGUGGUUGUGUUAACUGCUUCCUUCUAUCUGCUUAAAUUGUACAAAUCCAUACCAUCUACUUCCUUCGCUAACAUGUCCAAAAGCCGGACAACUUCUUUGUACAUAUACACGCUGGACUGUCGAUUUCUACUGUGUGAAAUUGUGUAUAAAUGUGGUACAUGUGACACGUAUCUAUCCGCAAUGGGUGUAUAUGUAUGUACUGCUCUUUUGAUUGUGAAUUAUGGUCCAAACUUUAAGCUAAGCUGAACUCGUUUUAAGUCCCAAUAACUUAUACUUUUUGUCUUCACGAAAUUUCUCAUUUAUUUGGUUACUACUAAAUCCCUAGUAUAUACACCUUCGCACAAGCUCCUCGAAUUGCAAACAUAACUGAUGCGAAAGAUAGUAAAACGGUCUUGUUUAUAAGCAGUUUCAAUAGUGCAUAGAAUAGUCAAGUUUUCACGGUAGUGUCAUCCAUGUGCAUGUUGUAAACAAAGCCGAUCGUUCCUACACGAGCCCGUUCGUGUACUGCGCACGGAAAGCUACUGUUUAAAAUUUUAUAAUCGCUAAACAUUCGCCCUAACGCUAAAAAAAAUAGCAUCAUCGUUGGUAGAAAGUGUCGAUUUAAUCUGCUUUGAAUCGUUAAAACUGCAUACUGCAAGGGAUCACUGUUAAUCAUUAAGCAAAACCGAAAGAUAUAAUCGACUGGUCACGACGUAUGUUACGCACGUACGUUGACUGGUUCGUGGCCACGGCGGCGGAGGUUUGAAUGCGAUUGUUUUAAAUCUUACAUAUUUUAAAGAAACGUCUAAUGUAGCUGCUAUCGUUGUAGCGCAAUGAAACGCAACAAUACAAACACGUACGAUAAUAAUUUCUUGUACCACUUCGUUUUCGACCAGAUCGAGAACUUUGAGGCAGAUCUUUAUCACGAUGUUGGGGCAAUUGAUCGUUGAUCUAGGAAUGAUGUAUGCAAGAUAAACAAUGUAGCCUAAUACAAGAUCAUGAAUGUGUUUUCAUGCUUGCAUCUGACAAAAGAACUGUAAGCAAGGGCAGUGUAAGUAAUUCGUUUAAUGAAAGGGCAAAGGAAAAAGAUAAUUAUCGAUUACAUAUACACAUGCAUAUAUAUACAUAUAUUCUACCAAACAAAUCACAUGCGCCAAUAACAACUAUCGAUAAAUGGAUCGUGCAAAGAGCAGAGAGAAGAUAAUAUAAAUUUAAUGUAGCUCUACUGUCUAUCAUUAACAUUAGACGCAUGUGAUGGAGUGUGAGAACAAUGUGAAUGUUUGUUAUAUUAAAUUAUUCAAACUUCGAUGAAUGUAAGGCAAACCACACACACACACACUGUUUAAAAGCGACCGUCGCUUGAGUAUUGCGUUCGUUGCAACGAGUAUUGUGGGGAAACAAACCAGAUAAGAACAAUGUGCUGUAAAAGCUAUGUUUCAACCGCUCGGCCUGUGUUGUUGGAUGCAUUUUACAGAUGGCUUGUGAAUUCGGGUCGAUAAAGGACAACAAAAAAAUUUAAAACAAAAUAUAUUUUAUACGAUCUAAUGAUGCGUUAGGGGAAAAAAAACAAAACAAAACGAAUGCAAAUCCUAAUCACAAAACGAUGCAGAGAGAUUAUUUAUAGAGAUUAGAGAAAGAAUUCGCAAGCGAAGCAUCUAUAUUUUUUUCUUUCCUAUUGUGAGGUAAUAGUUGUAACAUUUUUGAAUGCACCGCGUAAAUUCCAUUUCAAAUGUGCGCGCUAUUGAUGAACCGGCUAUUAACGACUGAACCAUUACGGCGAAUGAAGCGUUUUACGUACAGUGUUUAGGUUUAAUGCAAAGAUCCAACGAAACGCAAACGGAUACAAUUGGAAAUGUCUGUUCUUCAGGUAUGUUUUGCUACGACACUUCGGUUUGUUUUUUUGUUUUGCGAAUGAAAAAUGUACCAUUUGUAAAGUACGUACUCAUCGCUUUGUGCACGUUAGAUUUCGUUCCCCCCCGAACGGCUCCUCUCUUACGAACUCAGUAUAUUUUUGUACUUUUCGAAGAUUUUAUGUAGAAAGAACAAAAAAAAAACAAAACCAAACUGUUUGUUCAGCUGCAAGUGAAGCGCUUGGCGGGUAGGAGCGAUGAUCGUAAUUAGUGUGUUUCUUUUGCCUUCCCUCACAGGGAAUGAAUGACACGUUCAAUGUCAAUGCUGGUGAAAGAACCGAACUGUGUGGAUCGUUAUGCGCGAAACUGGCAAAAUGGGAGAUCGUUGAAUAAAAUUGAAGGAUGUGUCAUUUCUCCAAA